CGAGCAAGCAAGACGUGUGUGCGGAGAAAGAGUGCUGUGGCUGCGAGAAAAUAUAACGGAGAUAUAUUUUGAGCUCCCGGCGCCCGCGUCGUGCUAAUAACCGUUAUUUGUUUACCUUUUUUUUUGGUUGUUUUAAAUCCCUGUGAGUGCCGUUUGGCUGCCCUUCCAAGUGCAUUCAAAAAUUAGGAAGUGCAAAGAAUGAGUGAGAGCGAGAGAAAGAGCAAGAGCAAGAAAACGUGCGACAAGUGGCGGAGUUUUGCGUUUGUGGAUUUGGAUAGAGGAUUUAGCUUUAGCUUUAGCUGCCCUUUGAGGUUCACCAGCCAACACAGUAUGCAGCUCUAAAGCAGCAAAGAGACGCCUGGAAAGAGACAGCUAGAAAGCGAGAAAAGAGACGAAGGCAUAAGCUAGUGACAAAGGGUACAAAAGAGUGGCAUCCGCUUUGCGAUGGCUGAAUUCAGGCUAGUUUUGGUUAUCCUACUGAUGACCACUAGCAUCUGCACACUUCAAGCCAGCGACAGUAAUUCCUCCGUGGCAACCACCUUGGGCGUUCUGUUUGAGAGGGCUCCCGAAUCGGCGGUGGCCCCCAAAGGAGAUGAGGUGGUCUUCGAGUGCGAGCUGAAUCUCAAACCAGAUCGCCUGGAGUGGCGAUUCAGACGCAGUGAUUCCGCGGAACCCUAUCGAUACCUGAGACCCGCGGCUGGCUACAACGUGACCAGCGGCAGCGAUGGUCUUGCCUGGCGACUGCGCAUCUAUGUGAGUGCCCAAACGGCAGGAGACUACCAGUGUGUGGCUUGGUAUGGCCCAGGAGCACUGGCUUCCACGCCAGCCCGCUUGGCCUUGGUCUCGAUUGCAUUGGACGGAGGCCAGGGAUCCAUGGCAGCUAGAAGUUCCAUACGCUGGAGUGUGGCGCCCAAGAACUGCCUCCUCAUACGUUGCGGCAGCGUAGUAUCCAAUCCGCCGGCUAUUUGGAGCUUCUACAGGAACGGAAAGAAGCUACCACAAUCGGAACUGCUUGCUGGUGCUGCGGGGGCCUUGGUUUUGGAUACGGUCACCGCCAAGGAUGCGGGUAACUACUCGUGCGUGGCCACGAACUCCAUAACAGGCGAUGAACUUAGGCUCCCCCAAACUAUCGAAUUAAGAGUGGACUACACCGACAGGACGCCGCCGUACUUUUUGCAACGUCCACCCACCGAGUACUCAGCUCGUCCGGGAGAAACGGUGGUGCUCGAGUGUCCUGGCGUGGGAUCCCCGCGACCCAGAGUCAUUUGGAGUAGUCCCAACGUGGUUGGAAUCUACAACAACAGAAGCAACAUCUUGCCAUACGGCUUGCAAAUCACCGAUGUGAGGCCCGAGGAUCAGGGUUCCUACAUCUGCAUGCUGGACAAUGGCAUUGCACCACCCAUCGAUCACACCAUCAAGUUGAGUGUUCUGCAGCGCCCCACAAUCCUCAGAGGACCUGCCGCCACUCUGACGAACGAGAGCAACCCUUUGCUACUGGAUUGCUCCGCCUCGGGGAAUCCCCAACCCGAUAUCUACUGGCUCAUAAACGGGGAGGAUGCCACCAAAGAUCCGGAGGCCGUGGUGGAUAACCGGAGUCUGCAGCUGAAGCGAGUUCAAAAGCGCCACGCUGGCGUGGUUCAGUGCUUCGCCAAGAACAUCUUGGGAGAGACAAGCGAGGGAAACAUUCUGCGUGUGAAUCCCCUGGAAAUCACUGGCGAGGAUGAGGAACCACUCGGAGGAGUUCCCGUGUGGCCAGUCCAUGAAUCGAACAUUGGAAUGGGGUCUUCGUCAACUCCAGCUGGUGGCUCCAAGAACAAGAGUGGCAGGCGAAAGUUUAAAGCGAGCAUGGUGCCGCCAUCGCGACCCAAUGUCACCAGGCUGUCGGACGAGUCUGUAAUGCUGCGCUGGAGUGUGCCACAAAACUCUGGACUCCAGAUCACCUUCUUUAAGGUGCAGUAUCGCAAAUUGGGCGACGGGAAAAAUCGGCGAGAAAACUGGCAGACGACCAGCGACAAUAUUCCGUACGGAAACGCCCACUCCCACGGAUCCGGGCCUGGACUGGGAAACGGUCACUGGCGGGCACGGAACCGGGACAGGGAGUAUGAGAUGGGCAAUCCGCCCAAGAACUUCACCUCCUCCGUUACGGGACUGACCGCCGGCAAGUACUACCGCUUCCGGAUCGUGGCGGUGUACUCCAACAACGACAACAAGGAGGGCAACACCUCGCUCAAGUUCUUCCUGCAGAAUGGAACCGCCCAGUCGAAUCUGCCAGUGCCAGAACUGCGCGUGGUGGAGACCCUCUCCGAGUCGGCCUUGGUGCUCCAUUGGUCAUCGCCAGAUAACGAGGAUAUAGACGGGUAUUAUGUCUACUAUAGGCCAGCGGACUCAGCAGCGGAAUAUUUGAAGGCCACGGUGGAUGGCGCAAGGAGCAGGAGCUUCAAAAUGGACCUUCUUCGUCCAGGAACCGCCUAUGAGUUCAAAUUGCAAUCGUUUAACUCUGACGCAGCCUCUGAAUUCAGUGCUAUUCGGCAAGCCAGGACCAGAAAAGCCCAUGAGCAGCCUGCUUCAUCUUCGUCGACGCCAGUGCCAGCCAACAAGACAGUGGACCAGCAUCAGAACUCCGUGUAUCCAGUGAUCGCAGGAGCCGCCGGCGGAGGCAUUCUACUGCUCAUUGCCUCGUUGGUGGUCUGUCUAUGCCUAAGGAGGCGGGAAAACGCACAACCGGAGGAUGAGAACAAACCGCAAUUGGAGCACAUCCAAGCGGACUUUGUUACCUCCGCCGUUCUGGGAGCUGGUGGUCACCACAAGAGUGGCGAUGUGAGGCGCCUCAACGGAGUGAUUCCGAGGAUGAACAUCACGCCCAAUCCGCUGGCCCAGGAAACGGCAUCCGAUAAGAACCGCAACGUGAUGGAGCUGCGUUUCCUGCCGCCGCUGGCGAACGGAAAUGGAAAUGGCAAUGGCAACUGCAUUGCCAGGGAUCUAGCCCUGGAGCGGCCGAAUGCGGAAGAGCAGCAGGAUGAGGACGGAAACGAAGACGAUAGGGGGCUUCCGGCGGUUGCCUCGUCCUCGUGCGAAACUUUGGAGGCCUGCGACGCUACCAUUAAACUGAAUCUCCACCAGAAACCAGGCCAGGAGCAGCUGGAUGCUCAGAAUGCGGUGCUGGAGGCGCCCAGCAAGCCGCUACCUCCGCUGCCAAAAAAACCAGCCAACGGCGCUGGCCAAAACAACUCGGGCCUGCACCAGAAUGGCAUGCACCACGCACAGCCGUACCAUCCGCCUGGCACGCCCACCUUAAUGCACAAGCGACUGGACUACCACCAGCAGCCGCCGCCGGUGCCUCCACACUCGGCCUACUACCAGCAGGCACCCACGCACCAACCCUCGUCGAUGAUGGAGCGCAGUGUCAGGGGUCACCAGCCAGGUGGCUACUAUUUGGAGGAGGGCACACCCACGCCAACCAGGAUCCCAUCUCUGCGGCGACAGCGCCGCACCUCGGGCAACCAGCAGGUGCACAAUAGCCACAGCAAUCUCAAUAUUAGCCUGAGUCAUCACAACAACAACAACAACCUGCCGCCGCACCACCAGCAUCUGCACCACCAUCCCGGCCAUCCGGGUGGCCUGGUGGGCAUACCCAUCGUGCCAGGGAGUCCCAGAGUCCAGAGAUCGCCAAUGCCGAGCAGGGCGAUGAUCAAGAGGACGCGACUGGGCAGCCACACGGACAACAUCUCGUCGGGCAGUCUGAACAGUAUUGAGGUGUGAUGGCUCGCCAAAGAGGAGCAGCAGAAGGAGGAGAAAUAUACCUAAGCCGCAAGCGAAAGUACACUGGUAGGCACAAUUAUUUUGACAAAAUGUUCUUUCGUUUUCCUCAGUUCUCUUUGAUCAGCUUGAACUAAAAUUCUUCCUGCUUUUUUUUAUAUGCUAUUAUUAAUAUGCUAUUUAUGAACUUUUGCGCACUCUUUGAACGCUGCUGAUAAAAGAGUUCUGAGGAACACGAAAGAACAUUUUGUCAAAAUAAUUGUGCCUACCAGUGUAGUUCCCCAAACGACAGACAGUUUCAAGUAGACUUACGGACCCGCAACUAGAUGUGUAUUAUUGAGGUAAUCGUAGAACAGGCCGGCAGAGCAGCUUGAUACCCUCGAAUAUUAGCUUUAAGGCACCAACCAGGCACCCGGUACUGUUUAGUUUUCCAAAUACCAAUCAAUUUGGCCAAUCAUUAAGCUUAAAACUAGGAAAUUUGCCAUCUAAAGAAGUUUCUACAGUUCAAUAUACUCAAAUAAGUUUGCGCUAGAACGCGAACGAGAAAAGAUCUAGUGAAGUAAGUGUAUUUUGUUUAGGAAGAACGUUUAAUUUGGUCUAAACAUUCACACAUAAUUAUUGCAAAAAAAAAAACAGCUAAGCAGCUCAGUCGUUAAACGCUAAUGCUGCUUGGCUUUGUUUUAGGUAAAGAUUGAUUAAAAAUAUUACAAAUAUACAAACUUUAGUAUAAGUAAUUGGUAAUGUAACACUUUUCUCGUUGCUGCCGGCCAGAUAGUCAGUAGAAUUACUAAUGUUAAGUUUUUUUUUUACCAUUCAUUUAACUAUUUCGGUUUGCGCAUCCCUCGGGGGCCGAAAUUCAUCUCGACUAAGCCCUGUAGCAUAGCGUUAUUUAUUUAUUGCCGUGUAGGCGUCAACAACUCGAAUUGAUUAGUUCAAUUAGGAACUAAUUUACGUUUAAGUCAAACCAACUAUUUAGCAUUUUAAGGCACUACCUUUCUAGAUGUGACUAAUACACAGAACCCAAAUGGAAAGCAUCCUAAACUAUAUUUAAGUUCAGAGGCGGCAGUUUUAAACGAAUAUGCGAGUCUUGAAAUUAAAAAGUGAAUCUUUAACUUAAA